AGUGUCCCUCUCCACGACUUUUGUCAGCAGUCGUGCCUCACACUGCCCAGGUGGGAAGACAUCACCUCAACUCAGCAAACAGUAGUAAAAUCCUCGAUAUCAAUUUAUAGAUCGAUUGAAGAAAAUCAUGGCAGCAAAACGCACGGUCGCCAUAAUCGGCUCCCUCAACAUCGACUUCGUCACCCGCACAAAGAGGCUACCUGAAGGCGGCGAGACUCUCGCGGCGAUCUCCUUCGACACAGGUUUCGGCGGCAAAGGUGCCAAUCAAGCCGUGGCAGCCGCGCGACUUGCAGGGCCUGAUGUUACGGUUCAGAUGGUCGGCAAUGUAGGCGAUGACAGUUUCGGGCGAGACUACGUCGAAGCGCUGGCAAAGGAAGGCAUUGAUACAAAGGGCGUGCGGCAGCUUUCGGACGGCAAGACGGGCGUCACGAACAUCAUUGUGGAGGAAGAAACGGGCGAGAAUAGGAUUCUUUUCGUGGCAAAUGCGAAUUUCGAUGCUUUUGAAAAGCAGCAGAGCGCCGCGUGGGAUUUACUCCCCGCGCAAUGCGAUGUGGCGGUCUUCCAAUUAGAGAUUCCUGUAGAUGUGGUCCUCCAUAAUCUCCACCAGGCUCAAGAGAGAGGGAUCCAUACAAUCCUGAAUCCAGCUCCUGCCGAAUUACUACCCGACUUCGUCUAUCAAGAUAUUGACACCCUUAUCAUGAACGAAACGGAAUCCUCCAUCCUCUCUGGACAUCCCAAGACCUUAGACCAGCCGGACGACGAUGCGAUCAUAAUUGUCGCGAGACAAUUCCUGCAUUGGGGCGUGAAGGAAGCCGUCAUAGUCACGCUGGGAGAACGAGGCCUGAUUUAUGCAACCAUUUCCGGCCAACAGGGCCACAUUCCCGCGCGUAAGGUCACAGUGGUUGACACCACGGCAGCCGGAGAUACUUUCGCAGGCGCGUACGCCGUGGAGCGCGCAAAGGCAUCGGCAGGAGAGUUCGACAUCGAAAAGGCUCUGACCUUCGCCACUUUGGCAGCUUCCAAGGCGGUAGGAAAGGCUGGCGCGAUGACCUCAAUUCCACGGUUAGAGGAGCUGCAGGUAUGA